AUGGGGAUUGAUCCGGCGGAGGUAGCAUUUCAACGUGCAGGUUUACGAAAACCGCUCCUAACUCUGAUGAGAGAUCCCAAAGCCACUUUCGUUGAGGUUGUCGUCGGCACGGAACCAACAAUCGUAACCUGGAACCUUUACGAGUCUCUGCUUUGUGCAAAGUCCGGAUUCUUCCGUGGUGCUCUCCAAGGGGACUUCAAGGAAGCCCAAGAAAAGAGAUCUCCUUGCCCGAAGAAGACCUACGAGCGGAUUGACGACCUGAUCAGAGAUGAGGAAGGCGAUGAACUCGAAUUCUCUGCCAGACAGGUCCGCAAGAGCGCCGAAGCUUGGAUCAUGGGGAACAGACUUCUCAUAGACGUGGGAUUCAAGAAUUACGCCAUGAACUACCUAUAUCAUUCACUGGUACCAUACGAGAGCUGCCCAUGGCGCAGCCCCGUGAAGAAUCUCGACCCCGAAACGGUUUUGUAUGUCGUUGACAAUGCGCUGGAAAAUUCGAAGAUACGAAAGUUCUUCACCGAUUUACUCACAGCUCACUGGGGAAACGAGGCGUAG